CGUAAUCUGACCCUUUCCCCAAAUUCCCAAACAACCCAUCUUCAACGCCUUACCAAACACCCUCAAAAAUGGAAAUGGGAACCCUUCCCCUUUCAAUCGCUUCUUUCCGAAAAUGCCCCUACAUAAUUACAAGCAUGCCCCUAGCCCUUCCCUCUCCUCGCCAUUUUAGGCCACUCUCCUGCCCUACAACACGCUCCUUUACCCUCCAAACCAUCCUCAGACCCGACCAUCCCUGCAAUGCCCAACCCUCAGAAAAGUGGGACCCACAACCUCUCGUUGACGACCUUAGGGUACCCGACCACUGGUUGCACCCUUCCAGGGCACGCCAGGAAUCCGAGUGGCUUAGAGUAACUCUGCACAAAUGGUUGGAUGAUGAAUACUGCCCAGAGCCUACCAAUGUAGAAAUUAGCAAGAUAGCGGCCCACUCGUACUAUGAAUCUUUGAUGGUGAAACAAGUGGACCUGGGUGAGAUUCUAUUGAAGAUGGUGAGAGAUUUGGAAUCAAUCUCAUACCAAGAAAGCUUUCAUGGAGCUUUCUCAUCGGCAAAUGCUGCUGCACAUCUAAUAGCUCUACGGAUAGAGGCGGAAGAGGAGAAGUAGACCUAAUUUGGGUGUAUAUGCUAGGAAAUUAGUCUUUAAAAAAAAAAAAAAAAAAAAAACUAUGCCUCUGUUAUCAUUGAGCUGAUUUUGGAAAAUGGCGCGGCUUCAGUAUACAGAGUGUGCACUGAGAGUUGGUGCUCACAUUACAUCUUCACCAUUUAAAGAUGGUUGGCGGGAAUCUAGCAGCAUUUUAAAUUUAAUUUUUUUUAGCAUUUUGAAAUAGCUGUUUGAGAUUUCCAUUGUCUUUGGAUGAUUGGAGAUUAAUGAAGUUAUGAUUCUUGGUGUUCUUGGUGCA